AUGAGGACAGAUGAGGACCCCAUCCUCUUGGAGAAGCAGCUCCGCAAGGCUUCUGCAGAAGGGAGGGUGGACGACGUGAAGCUGCUUCUACAGGAGGUCUCGGCCAGCGCCAAGAACGAGUCGGGAAGUACUCCGCUCCACGAGGCGGCCUUUGCUGGGCAUGUCGAGGUUUGCCAGGCCCUUUUGGCCAACGGUGCUGAGGUGCAAGAACUGGACCAGUGGGGUGCCACUGCGCUGCACCAUGCAGCUAGUAGGGGUCAACGGGCCGUUGCCAGACUGCUCCUUUCGAGCCAGGCAGACGUAAAUGCAAUGACAAGCAACUUGCAAAUGCCGAUCGACCUGGCGAAAGCAAAAGGCCACAUUGAUCUUGCUGAAGAGCUACAGCAAGAAGCCUUGCGGUGCCAGGAGGUCAGCCGACAGCAUCAGAGAAAGGCCUGUCUCAGAUGGUCUGCAACUUUUACCGGCACAUUCGUCGUGUUGCUUGCUGGCCUGUACUGCCGAACCUGA